GACCGGAAGUUGUCGCUCCUCUCUUGGCAGAGGAAGCCGGAAGCCGCUGUUGUUGACACUUCGACAGGCGACAACAAUGGCGACCGACGUGAGGCAGGAGCUGGCUCUGCUGAUGAACUCAACUGGAUCUCACAAAGAUCUGGCUGCCAAAUAUCGACAAAUUUUGGAGAAGGCCAUUCAGUUUACAGAGGCAGAGCAGCUGGAGUCCUUGAAGGCCUUUGUUGAAGCAAUGGUCAAUGAAAAUGUCAGUCUUGUCAUCUCGAGACAGCUGCUCACUGAUUUCUGUACACAUCUGCCCAACCUGCCUGACGCCACAGCUAAAGCAGUGUAUCACUUCACCUUGGAAAAGAUUCAGCCGAGGGUCAUCUCCUUUGAGGAACAAGUAGCCUCAAUCAGACAGCACUUAGCAACCAUUUAUGAAAAGGAAGGAGACUGGAGAAAUGCUGCCCAGGUUUUAGUUGGUAUUCCCCUGGAAACAGGACAGAAGCAAUACAAUGUUGACUAUAAGUUGGAUACAUACCUGAAAAUUGCCCGUCUCUACUUAGAGGAUGAUGAUCCAGUGCAGGCAGAGGCCUACAUCAACAGAGCUUCACUGCUUCAGAAUGAGUCCUCUAAUGAACAGCUGCAGAUACACUAUAAGGUGUGCUAUGCCAGAGUCCUAGACUUCAGGAGGAAGUUCAUUGAAGCUGCACAAAGAUACAACGAGCUGUCUUAUAAGUCAAUUGUCCAUGAGACUGAACGUCUGGAGGCACUGAAACACGCCCUAAACUGCACCAUACUGGCCUCUGCAGGCCAGCAGCGUUCCCGUAUGUUGGCCACUCUCUUUAAGGAUGAGCGCUGUCAGCAGCUGGCUGCCUAUGGUAUUCUGGAGAAGAUGUACCUGGACCGUAUUAUCAGAGGAAACCAGCUGCAGGAAUUUGCUGCCAUGCUGAUGCCUCAUCAGAAAGCCACCACAGCGGAUGGCUCCAGCAUCCUUGACAGAGCUGUGAUCGAACACAACCUCCUGUCUGCUAGCAAACUCUACAACAACAUCACUUUUGAAGAACUAGGAGCACUGCUGGAAAUCCCCCCAGCAAAGGCUGAGAAAAUUGCUUCCCAGAUGAUCACUGAAGGACGAAUGAAUGGCUUCAUCGACCAGAUAGACAGCAUUGUACACUUUGAGACCCGUGAAGCCCUUCCUACCUGGGACAAACAGAUCCAGUCUCUGUGUUUCCAAGUCAACAACCUCCUAGAAAAGAUCCGUGCGGCUGCUCCAGAGUGGGCUGCACAGGCUAUGGAAACCCAGAUGACUCAGUAAACAUCCCCACCCCUCCCUAAACAAAUGAGCCUGUCCUAAAGUGUUGUCUUCCUGGUCAAAAACAUCACCACUUCAGUCCCAGUAACGGAAGGAGAAGCCUCUGGUAUCACCAUCAUCACGGAUACACUGUUCUAUUGCUUUUUCCCCUUAGGGAAAAUAGUUCAUUGUAUCUCAAUAUUUCAGAUCUGUGUCAGGCAUAGAUGUAUCCACAGGAGAAUUACAAUGUAAAGUUUAGGUGUGACUUCAUAUUAUUUACUUGGCAUGUUAAAAAUUUGGAUGUGAUUAUUUAGAUAGUUGACAUUUAAUAGUGUCAAAAACAAGUGAAAAGAUGCGGGGGAACAACUGGUCUUUUGCGUUCCAACACAUCCUCCUGUUUUUAACAUAAUGACACAACAACGUCUGUCGAGUGGUUCUUGAUUUAUGGCGUCAUGUAAAACCUUCUCGGUCCACACUUUUGAAAUUUUGAAUUAAAUUCAAAGCAGAGAGAAGUCGUUAAGCAUUGUGGUCGUGUUGUUUAAGUUUAUUAUCUGCUUCAGUAGAAAGUCAUUGAGAUGUUGUACAAUUUAUAUCAGCAUUCAUACGAUAAAGUCAUAAAAUGCACUUUCUGAGUUUGUUUUCCAGCAGCUUUGGUCCUCUUUUAGCGACCAGGACGUUCGUUUGGUUGACCUGUGAGAUCAUCAGAGUACUGGAUAAUACAGACAGAAAAUAUUAAAGCAAGUUAAAAGUAGUCGGAGAGCUUAGUUAAAACUAUGUUUUGUAUUUGUAAAUGUUUUUCUUCUUCUUAACCACACACACAUUGACUCAAAUCUUUAAUUUGAAGUCAUUCUUUUACAUUUUUGUAGUUCAACCGUUGUUCAUCUGAUAAAAAACAUGAAGUUG